AUGGCAGCCCGCUCGCGAAUCACUACGCACGUACUUGAUGCCUCUAAUGGUGUCCCUGCAUCUGGAGUCGACGUGCAAAUAUCUGUCAUGACUGGAAGCACUGGAUUCAAUGCUACUUGGCAGGUUCUUGCAUCUGGAAAGACCGACUCUGACGGCCGAUGCACGACAUUACUCCUUGACGCUGCAGGAACUCCACUAGCAUUGACACCCGGUGUUUACAAGCUGGAUUUCGCUACCGCACCGUACUUUGAAGGGAAGGGCCAGAAAUGCUUCUUUCCUUUCUGCUCGAUAUCGUUUGAAGUACCAAAUCCACCACAACCACACUACCAUGUACCAUUGCUAUUGAGCAAUUAUUCGUAUAGCACGUAUCGUGGCUCAUAA